AUGGAGGCUGAUCUUGCAGACUUGAAGGAGCAGGUUUCCCAGCUCCGCAAGGAGCUCUCGCGCGUGUCGGACGAAGCCGAAGUGCGGAAGACACACUUCAAGUAUGGCUACUAUCUCGACAAGUGCCUGUAUAACGAGGUCGUGGAUAUGUAUGCAGACCACCCGGACACUUACGUCGAAUUCCUGGGGUCCCGUUAUCGGGGAAAGGAAGGCGUCAAGAGGCUUUAUAACGGCCGCUUCCAGAACACCUUCGUUAAUGGGCGCAACGGGCCUGUCCGUGGUUUCCUGCUCGACCACAUCAUGAUGCAGGACAUCGUCGAUGUUGACCCUACUGGGACCCACGCCUGGUGCCGGAUGCGCGCGUUGAUGCAAGCAGGGACUCACCAGUCCGUCAAGGAAACCCACCCGCGAGGGCACGUCCAGUGGUGGGAGGGCGGCCUCUAUGAGAACGAGUACAUCAAGGAGAACGGCGUCUGGAAGCUCUUCCGGUAUCGAUACUUUCCCUUCUGGCAUGCGGAGUACGAGAAAGGCUGGUCACUGACCAAGGAGAACUACGUGCCGUGGCCUACCAAGACCUACCCCGAGGACCCCCAGGGACCAGACGAGAUCAUCGACCAGAAGAUGCUCUGGCCUGAUACGCGCGUGGUGCCCUUCCACUAUCCACACCCGGUUACGGGCAAGACCAUUAGCGAUGACGACCUGCGUGCUCCGCACUUUGGUAAGGAUGCUGGCACGGCCGAGCCACCACUUACCCUCGCACUGCCGGAGGGGCAGACCCGGCGUGGAGCGGGGUCGAUCUGGACGAGCGAGGGCGCGGUCAGGGUUCUGGCUGAUCUGGCCGACAAGGUGUAG